AGAGUAACUUUAUCAAAUCAAAAUCGUGCACUAACACCGUUCUUUUACGUCCGCUGUUUCACACUUUAUACAAAUCUCUCUCUCCGUCCCUAAUCAGUGGAGAUUCCGAAACCUCAAAACUCAAAACAAACAACCUUCGCCUGAGAUAGUUUUAAAACACAAAAAAACCGUACAAGUUAUUCCAACGUGAACGAAGAAAUUAAUAUUAUUAUUAUUCUCAGGGUGAUGAAAUCAGUGACAUCAUCGAGUCAUCUCCACCGUCCAUUUCCACUUCUCUCACUUCGUAGCCACACCAUAUAAUUACCCCCCCCAUCCCCCUCGCACUGUUAUCGCCGGAACCGUAUGGAAGAAUUGUUGUUGGUAUAGAGUCCGAGCCUUGCCGGGUCGGGUCGACUCGUGUAUUGAAUCGGAUCGAGUCUCAGGCUGAGUUGGGUUUUGGUUUUGGUUUUUUUUUUUUUUUUUUAAGAAUGAGAGGUAGCUUGCUGAGUCGUCGUACGGAACAGAGGCUCCGGCAACUCGCGAUCUCGACCGUCGGAUCGGUUAAGAUCAAGCUCCUGCUCUUCCUCUGCAUCGCCUUCACACUCUUCGCGCUACUGAGUCCCGGGUCGGGUUUCACGGGAUGGACCAGCCCGAGUGGUCCUCCGGAUCUGUUACCUUUCCCAAGGAAAGGAUAUGCCAUUGUAAUGAAUACAUGGAAAAGAUAUGAUCUUCUGAAGCAGUCAAUUUCUCACUAUUCAUUGUGUCCUGGACUUGAAUCUAUCCAUAUUGUGUGGAGUGAGCCUGAUCCUCCGUCGGAUUCUCUUAGAAAAUCUCUGCAGCACAUUGUAGAGUCCAACUCAAGAGAUGGUCGACAAGUUGAAUUGGUGUUUGAUAUUAACAAGGAAGACAGUUUGAACAAUAGAUUCAAAGAGAUUAAGGAUUUGAAGACGGAUGCCGUUUUUUCAAUUGAUGAUGAUGUUAUAUUUCCUUGCUCGUCCGUAGAACUUGCAUUUAAAGUUUGGCAGAGUGCACCUGAUACAAUGGUGGGUUUUGUGCCACGUGCGCAUUGGGUUGAUCAAUCGAAAGGCAACAAUGAUUACUACAUAUAUGGUGGGUGGUGGUCAGUUUGGUGGUCGGGUACAUACAGUAUGGUACUCUCAAAGGCAGCCUUCUUCCACAAAAAGUAUUUCAGGAUAUACACAAAAGAAAUGCCGGCAUCAAUUAGAGAAUAUGUAACCAAGAACAGGAACUGUGAGGACAUUGCAAUGUCUUUUCUUGUUGCGAAUGCCACUGGUGCUCCCCCUAUAUGGGUGAAAGGUAAGAUAUUUGAGAUUGGCUCAACCGGAAUCAGUAGCAUGGGAGGUCAUAGUGAAAGAAGAACCCAAUGUGUCAAUCGAUUUGUUGCGGAGUUUGGGCAAAUGCCUUUAGUAUCUACUUCUGCAAAGGCUGUUGAUAGCCGCAACAUCUGGUUUUGGUGAUGCAGGAAUUCAUCCUUCCUUUUUAAUUGCUGAAUUCCUGCUCUUUUUUUGUUUCCCACGUUUGGUUAUUAUUCUAUUCCCAUUCUAUUGGUUCAUGACUUGUAUAAUAUUGAAAUUUCUUUACUUAGUGUUUUGGAGAUAGGAAUUAGCACAUCAAUUAGAUUGAUUUCUUGUAUUCUGAUCUUGUAACACGUGGCAGUUGCCUUUUAGAUUUACUUAUAUUAACGUUCUGAGUUAAAUGAAGACAAUACUUCUGAUGUUUUGUCUGAA